AUGGCUUCCACUACCCGUUUCAGACUCGUCUUCAACGUGCCCACAUUAUCACUGGCUCAAUGUAAAGAGGCAAUUUUCGCUGCUGGAGCAGGUCGCUAUCCCGGCCCGGGUAACUAUACCGAGUGUUGUUGGACCGUCGUAGGGACGGGCCAGUUUCGUCCUGGAGAUGCAGCCAACCCGCAUCUUGGCGAAGUCGGCAAGCUUGAGCAGGUUGAAGAGGCAAGGGUCGAAACCAUUUGUGUGGGUGAAGAAGUUGCCAGGAAUGCAGUGAAGGCUCUGAAGAGCGCUCAUCCCUACGAAGAGCCGUCUUAUUCUGUGUAUCGACUAGAGGACUUCUGA